AUGAGCAGUAGCGGUGGAGGAGGAAAAUAUGAAGUGUUGCAAGGAUACUACGCAGUGCACGACGAGUUAGGCUCGGGAGGUUUUGGAAAAGUCCGACUUGCCACACAUCUCCUGACAAAUCAGAAGGUCGCCAUAAAAAUCAUCGAUAAAAAACAAAUCGGACAUGAUUUGCCAAGAGUGAAAACCGAGAUGGAUGCAUUGCGCAAUCUUUCGCAUCAAAAUAUAUGUCGGCUUUAUCAUUAUAUUGAGACAGAAGAGAAAUUCUAUAUUGUUAUGGAAUAUUGUAGUGGUGGAGAGAUGUUUGAUUAUAUUGUGAGAAAAGAGAGACUGGAAGAAUCUGAAGCUCGACAUUUCUUUCGACAAUUAGUCUCCGCAAUCGCUUAUGUUCAUUCACAAGGUUAUGCUCAUCGAGACCUCAAACCCGAAAACCUUUUGCUCACCGAAGAUUUGCAUUUGAAACUCAUUGAUUUCGGAUUAUGCGCAAAAACCGAGAAAGGAAAUAUCGAUAAACAUCAUUUAGACACUUGUUGCGGUUCUCCAGCAUAUGCAGCCCCUGAAUUAAUCCAAGGUUUACCUUACAAGGGAAAUGAAGCUGAUGUUUGGUCAAUGGGAAUACUUUUAUACACUUUAUUAGUUGGAGCAUUACCAUUUGAAGAUGAUAAUAUGCAAGCAAUGUAUCGGAAGAUACAACAUGGAUCAUAUUAUGAACCAGAAUGGUUGACACCAAUGAGUAGACAGUUAUUGAGAUCAAUGUUGCAAGUUGCACCAGAAAGAAGAAUAACUGUGAAAAGAUUGUUGGAACAUGAAUGGUUGACUCAUAAAUAUAUGCAACCCAUCAAAUGGACCACUAUUUAUGACGUAAGUUUGAAAUUUCAUUGGAAAUCCUAGCUUUGAAUAAGAAAAGAAUGUAAUAAAUUAAUUCUGCAGAAAAACUUCAUUGACCGUGAUGUUGCUCGUGUUAUGUCUCGAUAUUAUGGCGUCGAAACAACUGACAAAAUGAUUGAAAAGAUCAAAGAAUGGCCAUUUGAUUAUAUGACUGCCACGUAUUAUUCUCUUUUAUCGCGCAAACGAAGAAAUGAGGAAAUUGUAUUGCCGUUGAAUCGACAUGCCAAAGUCGCCAAUCAAAAUAUGAAACAGAUUCUGUGUUCGCCAACAAUUCACGCGUCUUUGGAUCAGAAUUUGGAUAAAUCUGGAUUGGAAGAUGAAGAAGAGGAAGUUAGCACAUCUUCGAGUGGUGGAGGAGCUGGAAGUAGUGAGGAGAAUUUGAAGAAUACUAAUGUUAAUGUUGUGAUGCGGAAGAAGAAACAGGCGCAGGUUAUUAAGCCAUUGUCACCGGAAAGAGAUAAGGUAACUUUUUUCUAGAGUUAUUCUGAAAUUCUAGGAUCUACACGAUGAUAUUGUAUUCUUUCUUAUUCUAUUCAUAAUUUUCACUAACUUUCCUUAUCAGAAUUUUUCCUAAUUUUCAAUUUUGCAGAAGCUCUCCUACGCCAACGCAAUGCUCACAAUGCAAUCUCAAUUCACCGGCCUUUCUCCAAUUUCUCUCAAAAACUUUGGCUCACCAAUAUCUGCUCACAAAGAUCCAAUAACUCCAACACGUGGAUAUUCAUUGAAUCGAGAUGGUCAACUUGGAGGAACUUCAGAUAACAAAGAAAACACUGGAUAUAGUUAUCGAGUUGGUGCGGCAAGUUGUAAAGUUCGAGGACCGUUGAAAAUCGAAGAUGAUGGAACUAGAAGAAGUGUUUAUACAACACCGAAUCGACCAGCAUUACGUGGAUUGUUUAGUCCGGCUGGAGAUGAAAGAAGACAACGAUCGAAAUCGACUGAAAGAAGUAGUAGUGGAUUAACUGGAGGAUCUCCGAUUUCAAUUGGAAGUUCAACAAGUGGAGGAGCCAAUGGUAAGAGAUUUGGAGAAAAUUUUGAAAAUUUCAAAAAAUAAUAGUUCAUAAGGCCUGACAAGGGAGCUAAAUAACUGAAAAUAAAACAAAAUUUAUAUUUUUUGAAAAAAAUUCACGUGACCUUUUCAAUGAGCAUUUUUUCAUUUUCAUUUUAAAUUCAUUUCGAAAACUGUUCCGAACCCUUUAAAAAUUUUCUAUUUUUCUAAUAACCUUCUUGUUUUCUCUAGUGUUUUUUGAACACAAAAUAAUUUUAGACAAUUCAAAGUGUAAACUUGAUUCAAUUACCCAAUCAAAUUCUCUCACUCUCUUUGCUAAUUUGACAAAAAAUGAUGAUCUUUGUGUAGACAGAAAAUUAUAGAAAAAUUCCCUGAGAAAUCCCAAUUUUUGAUGUUGAUGUCGACAAAAAUAACAAUUAGUACAGAAAAAAUGCACUUUUGUUAUUUGGGAAAUUUUUUGAAUAAACAAGAUUUGUUUGCAGAAUCUGGAGAUAUUCGAACUCCUCGAGGUCGCACCAAAACUCCUCACACUCGUUUCACCAAACGCGUUUUCACAUCAUUGGAACGAAAAAAGGAGAAAUUGAUAACAUUGUUGACUCCGCGAAAAUUGCAAAGAGAUUCGCCGCAAGUUUUGAAAAAUGUCAAAAAUAUGGUGAAUGUUUCAAUGACUGCUUAUACAUCGCCAGAAGAUGUUCGAGAUGAAUUGGUCAAAGUUUUUGAGCAAGAAAAAAUGAAGUUUGAAACGAAUGGAUGGAAAUUGGUGGCACAUAAAGAGAGUAAACAUGGAUGGAUGAGUGUUGAAUUGGAAGUUGUUAAAGUUCAGAUUUGUGAUACGGUGAGUGUUUUAUUGACUCUGUUGCCUCUAAAUCCCAUUAGGUAGUUUUUUCUCAAUUUUCUAAGAAAAUUCAAUCCAAAUUUUUCGAAUAUUUUUCUCAACAAAUUCAAUUGUUCCAAGAAAUUUAGAAUAAAUUUAUAAAGGUCUUCAAAAUUACCAAAUUUUUUUUGCAUUGCUCAUAUCAAAUUCUUUCUGCUCUUCUUUGCUUCUAAUCUGAUAACAUGCAUGAGCAAUGCUAUUUUAUCAAUUUUUGUUUCGAGAAUUUUCGAAAACAAAUGAUGUUGCGAAAUAAUUUUCGGAUACUUUUUCCCUGAAAAUCAUCAGCGUGACUCAGUUUUUAUUCACGUGAGCAAUGCCGGAAAAAAUGAUUGGAAAAAUAAUGGAAAUGGGAUUGAGAAAUGCAAUUUUUCGAAAACUUUGCAUUUUGAAAACAAAAAAUUGUUUAUCAAAAAAAGUUUCAGGUUGGAAUACGUCGAAAACGUCUGAAAGGGGACGCAUUUUUGUACAAAAAAGUGUGCGAACGAAUUUUGCAACUUGGAAGAUUCUAA